CUUCCACAAGGUCCCAUGGCCCCAGUAUUUCCCAGCGGUGGCUUCUCUAAAUUCCAUCGCCUAACCAUCUUACGGUCGCAUAGCGUAAGUACUAAGCUUUGAAGCAUCAGUGUCAAUAGGUUAACUUGACUUAAUCCUCCUCACCUUUUGUAAACUCACACUUGCAACCAACACAUUCCCCUCUCUUUAAUCACACUCGAAUUCACAAACAUACCUGUUUACUCUUGGUUUUCCUUUAAAAACAAAGUAACACGCUUCCUACUACCUACAUACUCCCCCCAUUCUUGUUUCCACUCCUCCCUCGUCCACCGCUCACACUUCAACUCAACACAUUUGAACCACAUCGCAAACCCAUACACUCGAGAGUACAACAUUGACCAAAAGCUACAAUGGUCAAAGAGACAAAGCUCUACGACACUCUUAAUGUCAAGCCUGAGGCUUCUCAAGACGAGAUUAAGAAGGGGUACAAGAAAGCAGCCUUGAAAUGGCACCCAGACAAGAACAAGAACAGCCCCGAUGCGGCUGAAAAGUUCAAAGAAUGCUCGCAAGCAUACGAGAUUCUCUCCGACCCCGAAAAGCGCAAGAUUUAUGAUUCAUAUGGUCUCGAAUUCCUCCUCCGUGGUGGUACCGCUCAACCCGAAAGCGGUGCCGGUGCCGGUGGCAAUCCCUUUGCCGCUGGAGGCAUGCCUGGCGGAUUCAACUUCGAAGGCGGUAUGCCCGGUGGAGGCACCCGAACUUUCCACUUCAACACCGGAGGCGGUGGUGCUGGCGGCUUUGGUUUCAGUAACCCCGAAGACAUCUUCGCCGAGUUCAUGCGCAACGGAGCCGGCGGUAUGCACGGCGGCGUUGAUGAUGAGGACAUGGCUGGCAUGUUCGGCGGAUUUGGUGGAGGUCCUCGCAGUCGUGCUUCGCGCACGCGAUCAGGCUUCGAUGGACGAGCCAGGGAAACGACACCAGAGGUUACAACUGUUGAGCGACCUCUUCCUCUGACCCUUGAGGAGUUGUUCAACGGCGUUACCAAGAAGAUGAAGAUCAAGCGUAAGACGUUCGAUGAUUCCACCCAGAAGCGGGUGCAGACCGACCAAAUUCUCGAAGUUCCCAUCAAGCCUGGUCUGAAGAAGGGCUCCAAGAUCAAGUUCAACGGAGUUGGUGAUCAAGUAGAGGGAGGUCGCCAAGAUCUUCACUUUAUCGUCGAAGAGAAGGAACACCCUCUCUACAAGCGCGAGGACAACGACCUCGUCCACACAGUCACUCUUGACCUAAAGGAGGCCCUUACUGGAUGGCGAAGAACAGUGACUACGAUCGAUGGCCGACAGCUCAACUUAGAGAAGGGCGGUCCUACCCAGCCCAACAGCGAGGAGCGUUACCCCGGUCUGGGCAUGCCAAUUUCGAAGAAACCGGGCCAGCGAGGCGAUUUUGUCAUCAAGUACAAGAUCAACUUCCCAUCAAGUUUGACUGCAGACCAGAAGCAGAAGUUGAGGGAGAUCCUAUAGAGGCUCGCCGCGAGCGAAAACAUUUGCAAUUCUGGCCGGAUACUAGAGAUGUGCUGGAAUUUUGUUCAAGCCAGCAACAUCAAGAUUCGGUUGCAAAAGCUUGCAUUACACAUGAUUGGUGUUAUGGCGUUGGGAACUUUACGAAUAAUGAAAAGAGUGGAAGUCUGAUGAAUGGACCUCGUCCCUUGAAGGAGCUCAGGUUGAAGAAUACAAAGUUAUAGGCGGAUGAAAGGGAGUUGAUUAGCAUGUGGCCUUUGAUAUCCAUUUGAUGGUUGUUUAAUUAGUAGUACUUAUGUCUUAUAUAGCUGUCUAAUAUUGAGGCAGGUUUGAACAUUCGA